UCAUUUUCCGGCGUCAGAAGUCGCAUGACACCGGAAUAUGCUAACGUUCAACAUGGCGUUAAGCAAAACAUACGGGCAGAAACCUAUUAAAUUUCAACUGGAGGAGGAUGGAGACUUUUACAUGAUUGGAUCAGAGGUGGGAAAUUACUUGCGUAUGUUCAGGGGGUCUUUAUAUAAAAGAUACCCUUCACUUUCAAGAAGACUAGCGACAGUAGAGGAAAGAAAGAAAAUUGUAGCAUCAUCUCACGAUCACGGUUACACCACUUUAGCCACCAGUGUGACGUUGUUGAAGGCUUCAGAAGUAGAGGAGAUAUUAGAGGGACAUGACGAGAAGUAUAAAGCGGUGUCCAUCAGCACUGAGCCUCCAGCCUAUCUCAGGGAGCAGAAAGCCAAGAGAAACAGCCAGUGGGUGCCCACCCUUCCCAACAGUUCCCACCACUUAGAUGCUGUUCCUUGCUCCACCACGAUCAACCGCAACCGAAUGGGACGUGACAAAAAAAGGACCUUCCCUCUAUGCUUUGAUGAUCACGAUCCUGCUGUUAUCCAUGAGAAUGCUACACAAGCUGAGAUCCUGGUGCCCAUCCGCCUUGACAUGGAGAUUGAUGGGCAGAAGCUGCGUGAUGCUUUCACAUGGAACAUGAAUGAGAAGCUAAUGACUCCAGAGAUGUUUGCUGAAAUCUUAUGUGAUGAUCUGGAUCUUAGCCCCCUUACAUUUGUUCCUGCCAUUGCCUCAGCCAUCAGACAGCAGAUAGAGUCCUACCCCACAGACAGCAUACUGGAUGAGCAAAUGGACCAGAGAGUCAUCAUCAAGUUAAACAUACACGUUGGGAACAUAUCUCUGGUGGACCAGUUUGAAUGGGACAUGUCUGAGAAGGAGAACUCACCUGAGAAGUUUGCCCUAAAGCUGUGCUCUGAGCUUGGCCUUGGGGGAGAGUUCGUCACCACUAUUGCGUAUAGCAUUCGUGGCCAACUUAGCUGGCAUCAAAGGACCUAUGCCUUCAGUGAGAACCCUCUUCCCACAGUGGAGAUUGCCAUCAGAAACACAGGUGAUGCUGACCAGUGGUGCCCAUUACUUGAGACACUGACGGAUGCUGAGAUGGAGAAGAAGAUCAGGGACCAGGACAGAAACACAAGGCGAAUGAGGCGACUUGCAAACACAGCCCCAGCAUGGUGAAGAAAACUAAACGCUCCCACAACUGUACAAACCUAAAGAGAGCAAAUGCCAAUAGAAUACAGCAUUACUGACAUUAAAACAGAGACAUUCCAUUUGCCAGUCCUGAAGGCUUUGACUUUUCUCUUGGUUGGUCCCGGUCCAGUCCCUUCAGAUUUGAGCAACCCAAUAUUUCCUGUAAACUAAAGAAACAUCUGCUUCAGUCUGGCUUACUCACUAUGUCGUGACCCUUCCCUCCACACAGUGUCUGUCAGCUCGAAAAGUUGAGAGUAUUUUACGGUAUCUUUAUUUGUCUUGUUUUGUGUUUGUGUAUAGAUGCCAUUUUUGUAAACAGUGUGCUUUUAAAUAAAAUGAUUAAGAUAAGAAAAA